GUUCACGGUAAGAGGAGAGGAGCAACACAUCAUUUUCAUAUUUAAGGGAAAUCACAGAUUCACUCAUGGCUGGGAUAUGGAUUGUGUGUGUCUAUUAUAUGAAGAGAAUCCUUCUUUUUCAGGUCUUUUCUGUGUCCCUGGUUUAGCCCAGCGUGGAACAAGCACUCCUGGGGUUGAGCUCCAACAUGGAUGACAACUUGAGCAGAGAGAACUUAAUCUUCUAUCUCACAGUUCCACUCUCUACCGUAAUCAUCCUAGCCAAUCUUUUCAUCAUACUGGGCAUCGCCUGCAACCGCCAGCUCCACAACACUCCAAACUACUUCUUUUUUAGUUUGCUAGUGGCUGAUCUAUGCACUGGCAUCGCCCUGCCUUUCAUUCCCCGCAUGGGACUUGACCGGCGGCUGGACUUCAAGCGAUGCUUGCUAAUGUACAUCUUCCCUAACUUCCUGUUCCUGUCGUUCCUUUUCAAUCUGGUGAUAGUGCAUUAUGAACGAUAUCUGUGCAUCGUCAGUCCGCUACACCACAGCCAGUUCUGGGUACACCAGUAUUUUCCAUUGGCUUUGUUGAUGGCCUGGUUGCCACCGUUGCUUUAUGCAUCACUCCCUGCUUUUGGUUGGAAUAACUGGGUGGAACCCAACACCAACAAGUCUUCCAAAUUAAAUGAGACUUUAAUUCCAGGAGCUGGCAACAACUCUGGAGAAGAAGAGGUUUGCUCCUACAAGCAGGUCUUUCCUGUCGCCUUUAUCUACUUGGAAGUGUACGGAUUGGUGCUACCGGCCAUGUUGUCCAUCGUGGGCAUGACUGUCCGGGUUUUGUGGAUAGCACGCAAGCAGUUACGCAACAUCUGUAAACUUCAACGUGCUGUGGACCGUCUGCAGCAGCAACAGUCGGACCACGAACAGCAGCUUAACUUGCGCUACGCCAAAUGCGUGGCCGCCGUGUCGCUCACGUUCCUCGUCUGCUGGGUACCAUAUAUCGUUUACCAGCACAUGUCUGUGGCAGCGCUUCAGAGCGGGAUGAGCUCCUCCAACUCUUCCUUGUACAUCAUCAUGUCCUGUACGGGCAUUGGGAGCAUGGCCAUAAUUCCCCUCAUACUAGGACUGGCUAACAGGCAGUACACCAAGCCCAUCAGCAGGGUGAUGGUGAAACUGAGAAACCGCUGCAGAGGACAGAACAGCAGAGAUAUCACGCUUUGACAAGUCAGUUUAGAUGAGCCAUAGGAGUCUAUAUGGCUCUGUUUCAACUCGAGUUGUCUCGUCUUAAGUUAUGUUGUGUAAACUGUUUUAUGAAUUUUAAAAGAACAAAAUAUUUUAUCCAUCCAUCCAUCUCUAUAGCAAAGAACGGCUCAACCAAUUCAAAUAUCUUCUUUCCAUUAAAUCGAUUCACAGGCUAUUCAGAAACAAAUUAAAUGACAUUCCAGUCAAAUUCAAUAAUCAAUAAAUCAAAAAGAUUUGAGAUUAGAGGGUAAGAGUCUUCAUACGUAGGGGAAGUUCAGUGGAUAACAAUGCAUUAGCUUACAAUAUGUCACAGUGUUUAACUCAUAGUCUAAACAAUUGACAUAGUAAAGGAUGUGAUUGUGUAUGUGGUCUGAUUCCCAGAAACUGUCCUCCCAGUGACAAAUCCACUAAAAGUGCAUUCAUCAUUAUGACUCUGGAGAAAAUCUUUUGAAAAUUGUUUACGUAUGCACAUCUUAAUGUGUGUUUCUGUCUGUGCGCGCCAAAGACAAAGCUACAAAUUGCAUAUUAACUGUAAACAAGAGAAACAAAGACAAACUGAGCUGGCUGGUUUGUGUCAUAUGUUAAAUUGGGAAAAUAUUGAGUCCUUUGACAACAUUUAUGUAACGUUACUUCAAACAUUGCAUGGUAGCUACACUCCAGUGUUGAUCAUUAUUCAAAUGUACAUUUAUAUAAAGAAGAAAGAAUUUGGUUAACCUUUUUUGAAAGGAUUGAAAUAGAAACUAGAUGAGGUUGCACGUUCCCUGUACUUUCUUCCUUCCUUCCUGUUUCUCACAGAGCAUUAAGUAUGAGCUUUUUUCUUUCUUUCAGAAAACUAAUAUUGUCUAAUUAUGGGUGCUUGUAAUUUGCUUGCAAACUGUUGUUCACACUUCAGGUUGGGGAUUUCAGCAAACUCCCUUACCCUAAGUUAUUAAACUUUGGCACAUAACUUUGACUUGAAAUGAUACAUCAAAUUCUGCGACAGACAAUAAAUUGGGCAAAAACAUUCAACAGACUUGCAUUGAAGCUGGGUAUCAUAUAUAGUGGUUCCUAAAUCAAGUUUAAUGGAAAAUGUAUAAAAGGGAACAACAUACUGGAUGGAAAUACCAUCUCCUCGGCUCCACAUUGGAAAAAGCUGUUAAGUAUUGGCCUGUCAAACUUCCGCCAAUUGAUGUUGAUGAAGAAAGAUCAUCUUUGGACAGUCACUCCUCUGCCUUUGUCUGCGUAAGUUAUGUGUUUAUAAAUGUGAAGCACAGAUGAAAUAUGUCUUUAUAGAAGGGCAUCAUAUAAACACAGCACCAGUGUUUUAGUCCAGUAUCUGGGAGACUCAAAACAAUUUCUAAAUAGUUGACUCAUUAAAUGUAUUAUAGUGCAACUGUCAGAAUGUAAUUCAUGUUGGCUCUGCUUCUCCUGAUGUAAAUGUGAAAGAAUAUAUAAGAGAUGUUUUAUGAAAUAAACAACAGUGGACAGUGGCCGUGUACAUUACAUGCCAGUUGCAAUUUUGCCAUUGUUGACAAUGGUACCAUAUUACACCAUCUGUAUGAUAUAUAUAUAGUAUACAUAUUUUGCAUAAAAAAAAGACCAUUUAUUUGAUGCCAUUUUUCAAAAAGAAAUCUAAGCCUGUUUUCGAGACCAUUAAAAUAAUUUGUAUGUGACGUUAAUGCAAGUGAUCCUUGUUAGACUUACUUUAAAAAUAACUGUAUUAUAAUGAUUUUUUUGUAUUUAUU